GUGUCCUCAUUUGCAUUCCCCCCUCACCUCUCUCUUUAAUUCCUAAUUUCCAUAGUUUUUUUUUAGCCUUAGGCCCCCCUAAAAAUGGAUAACUUUAAUGUUCUCCUCUCUAUCUUUAUGAUCUUAUCUUAAUUUUAGACCAACCCAUUAAGAAAUAUUAGUACUACAUAACAAAAUUUGUAUACUUUAUUUUGAAAUUUUUUAGUAAGAACAACUAUGUGUAUACUACAAGAUGAUGUUGUAAUUUUUAAAGCACCAGAGAAAGAAGGAGAUCCAACCAUAAUCACUGUAAAUUGCCCUGAUAAACUUGGUUUAGCUUGUGAUCUUUGCCGCAUCCUCCUCUUCUUUGGAUUCAACAUUACCAGAGUAGAUUUUGCAACAGAUGGAAAAUGGUGCUACAUAGUGUUAUGGGUAGUGGGGAAGGCAACAACAAAGUGGGGUUUGGUGAAGAAGAGAUUGGUGGGAGUAUGCCCUUCUUGUUACUCAGCUUCUGGGAUGUCUUAUUAUAGAACAGAGUUGUUGCAGCCACCUAAACCUCCUGAUAUUUUCUUAUUAAAGCUAUGCUGCCAUGAUAGAAGAGGUCUUUUACAUGAUAUCACUGAAGUUUUAUGUGAACUUGAGCUUAAUAUACAAAAAGUGAAGGUAUCCACAACUCCAGAUGGGAAAGUGUUGGACCUCUUUUUCAUCACAGACACCAGAGAAUUACUGCAUACAAAAAAGAGACAAGAGGAUGCAAAAGAGCAUCUAAGAGCAACCCUGGAAGAUGCUGUGAUCUGUGACAUAGAAAAGGUUGACCUUGAAGUUACUGCCUGUUCACAAGCAUCUCCAUUUCUUCCUUCUGUAAUUACGGAUGAAACUUUCAACUUCGAGAUACCCGAUAAACAUCGUAAUGGAACUAGUUUCACAAACUGUGCAUCUAUCACACUGGAUAACUCUCUUAGUCCUUCUCAUACUCUUGUCCAAAUUGUUUGCCGGGAUUAUAAAGGUCUACUCUAUGAUCUGAUGCGGACGUUCAAGGAUUAUAACAUCCAGAUCUCUUAUGGGCGAGGAACUACAAAGCAGAAAAAGAACUGUGAGAUUGAUUUAUUCAUUGUGCAAGCUGAUGGAAAGAAGAUAGUUGACUCUAGCAAACAAAACGCUUUGCGCUCUCGUCUAUGUAGAGAACUAGCUCGACCUCUUAGAGUUGCUGUUGUAAGCCGUGGCCCUGAUACAGAGUUGCUGGUUGCGAACCCAGUGGAGAUAUCUGGAAGGGGGAGGCCUCGAGUCUUUUAUGAUGUCACCCUUGCUCUGAAAAUGCUCAACUUAUGCAUCUUUUCGGCUGUGAUAGGGAGGCACGUCAUUGAGCACCGCGAAUUUGAAGUGUAUCGGUUCUUGCUCCAGGAAGGGGACUGCUUAUCGGUUUCCAGGAACAAAAUCGAAGAGAGGGUAUGGAACACGUUGAUGGGCUGGGAGUGAUAGCAUGCCUGAGGAUCUGUACAUGAUAUUACACUAGGGUACUGUAUUUACUUGUAAAGUGUUAUUUCUACUUACUGAGUACUGACAUAAUGUAUAGUUUCUUCGCUAUCGUACGUAGAAGAUAGGAAGAAGAGGGCUACUGAUGGGUUGAAGAAGAAAGAGAGAACUGAGAGAGGGAGCAAAGAAGAGUAGGGUUAAAAUGUAGUGCCGGCUCUUUAAUGUUGUAGGUUGUUUCUUUUACUUCUCUUUCAUCAAGGGAGAGGCAGAAAGGAUCUUGACCAAAGGCAUGCAUCCUGCUAACUAUGCUUUGCUUGUACAUUGUUUUGUUGUGCAUGCAAUAUAUGGGAAAAUAUAUGUUUUUACAUAUUUCUUAAA